UCGUGCAGUGUUGUAUACUAAUUGCAAACAUAUCCUUUCUUAUCCGGCCGUCUUGGUUCUAGCCACUCCCCACUCCUCACGGCUCACGAGGGUACGGCACCUCGCCGUGGCCCGCGGCUGUUUCCGAGGCAAGCGGACUCACCGGCGUCCUGCGCACGCGAGGCGAGCAGCGGCUCCGUCGACCUGCGAGCCAAUCCGUCUUUAUUUCUCCACCCCAAUAUCCAAACAUAAGAUAAAAAUCUAUCCAACACUCAUUUCCCACGCCACUCCCCCACUCCCUCUCCACCCUGCUUCCGUUUUCGGCCGGCGAUGGCGACGACCGCCGCCGCAUCCACGUCGCUCCGGCCGCUGUCACCGUCCCCACCUCGCAUCGCGAGUUUGCCCCGUCGGUGGUGUUGGGGAAUCCCGGUGCAGUCCUCCGGGCGGAGCGCAUUCCAUGCUGAACGGCGGAGGCGGAGCACUUUAUUAUGCGCUGCUGAUAAAGCUCCUGAAGAAUCCCUCAAGAAGACCAUUGAAGUGGAUAGGCUUAUUGAUAUGCUGAGGGACGCAAAUCCUAGAGAGGUAAAUGUGAAUCUUGAUCAAAUAGUGGUUGAAAAUGUUCUGGCAUUCGACGCAGGUUUCUGGGUUCGACUGGCAGCUAGAAUUGAUCUCUGCAAAUCAGAUGAUGAUAAAAAAGAUUAUGAAGAGCUGGCGGAAAAUGUCAUGAACAUUGUUGACCGGCUUGUUCACAAGACUAAUCAAAAGAUUGAACAAUCAACUGAUGUGCUGAAGGCAAUUAUUAGUCCUGCAAUGCAUGAAGGAGAUGUGAAGUGGCCACCAAGAGAUCCAGAUACACUCAAAUUGAUGGAGAAAGAAAUAACACGCCGAGAACAAGAAGGACAACUUGAUGAGGGAUUUCUGUCAGAAGUUAGUGCUCAGUUGAGGCAAGCUAAACAAGACGGAGAUAAGCCAGGGCUUCAGGCUAUGCUGCAAAAGGUGUUGCAGUUAUAUGCUUCUAAAUCUCUCCAAAAACGUAGUUAUGCAUACAAAGGGGGGCAAGUUGUAGUUCCUGAAAAGUUUCUCGAAUGUGUAAUACAGGCUCCUGAGAACGAGUGGAAUAAGGUGUUGCUUGACGGGCUUACAGUAGGAAAAGGAGACGUUUCGCCAGAUGAUCUGUAUGCCGUUAUUAACAAGAGAAUUGAGAGAGUCUUGAUUCGUACGGAAGGUGGUUCUUACCAACAACGCAUACUGGUUGAGUAUCUAAAAGAGAUACAUGCUAGAGCAGAGGAAGUUGUCAAAGUGCUUCAAGGACCAACAAUAUAACAUCUCCUGAUCUUGUUUACACUACACAUGAUUUCCUGUUUGCGCGUAGUCGGUUGGGACAAUGACUUAAUUUUGUUGGAGUUGCUCGGCAGACAGCUAAGAGCAGACAUGCCUGAUGCUUGGACCUGAUCAAACUAGGAGAGCACAGGAAAUCGAGAGAAGAGAGAAGCCAGGAGAGGGUCUUCUUACGUGGGUAUUAUUUGAUCUUUGGUUUGGCAGGCCAUGUAUUAAUUCGUAGUGAUUAUGUUAUCUUUCCUACUCGAUCAUUUCUAUUUUCAAAAUAGAUUUGCCUAUUUGAUGAAUAUGAAUCUACUUCCUGGAGGCUCCAUCUAUCAUGUAUUUGCUGCAGAAUAUAAGGAGUUAUUAGGCGUUUGGCUGAUGAUCUAUCUGAUCUGCACCUAUCUAUACUACCGUGCCUUUUCUUUAGGCACAAUGGCACCUUGAAAGUUGCAUACAAAA